CGCAGGCGCGGAGCCGUUGUCGGCGGAGCGGUUGCGAGCCCAGCGGCUACCCUAACGGGCUCGCUAAGGGGCUGGAGCGUGCGGGUUCGGAGGCCGGCGGGGCGGCUCGACCCAGCCUGAAGCCCCGGCGGCCGCCUCCUCUGGGGUCUUGGGUUUUUUAACUGGCCGCACAGGAGGGCCGAUAACUGGAACGUCAGGCUUGUGGCAAGGAAAGAGGGUUGUUAUCGAAAGGCAGCCUGACAUGGAGAGGGACUUAAAACUCAAAUCCACCUUCUGGAAGGGAAGAAGGAUCCGUUCGCAUGAAUCCCGUCCUGGUGGUCCACGGCGGGGCAGUCAGGAUUGUUGACAAGGACCAGAAAGAGCCGGUGCGCCAGGGCAUCAUCAGAGCUGCCACCGUGGGUUACAACAUCCUCAGGGAAGGAGGGAGCGCAGUUGACGCCGUGGAAAGUGCUGUGACCGUCCUGGAAGAUGAUCCCGAGUUCAACGCAGGUUUUGGAUCUGUCUUAAACACAGACGGUGAAGUUGAAAUGGAUGCCAGUAUCAUGAACGGAAAAGACCUGUCUGCAGGAGCCGUGUCUGCAGUCCGCUGUGUAGCAAAUCCCAUUAAACUUGCGCGGCUUGUUAUGGAAAAGACACCUCACUGCUUUCUGACUGAUCAAGGUGCAGCAAAAUUUGCAGCAGCCAUGGGGAUUCCAGAGGUUCCUGGAAAGCAGUUGGUAACAGAGAGAAACAUAAAACUCCUAGCAAAGGAGAAGCAUGAGAAAGAUGCUCAGAAAUUAGACUGCCAAAAAAACUUGGGCACUGUGGGUGCUGUUGCCUUGGACUGCAGAGGAAACGUGGCUUAUGCAACCUCUACGGGGGGCAUCGUUAAUAAAAUGGUCGGCCGAGUAGGGGACACACCGUGUAUAGGAUCUGGAGGUUAUGCUGACAAUGACAUUGGAGCCGUUUCAACGACGGGGCACGGGGAAAGCAUCAUGAAGGUGAAUCUGGCCAGACUCGCUCUCUUCCACAUGGAACAGGGAAAGACGUUGGAAGAGGCUGCUGAUAUCUCGUUGGGUUAUAUGAAGUCGAAGCUCAAAGGUUUAGGUGGCGUCAUCUUGGUCAGCAAAGCAGGAGACUGGGCAGUAAAGUGGACCUCUGCGUCCAUGCCCUGGGCAGCUGUCAAGGAUGGCAAGCUGCACUCUGGAAUUUAUCUUGAUGACACCAGUAUCACUGACCUGCCCUAAGCCCUGGAAGAUUGUAUUCUAGAUGCUAGCUUGGAGGUCAAGUAUAGCUUCCUGUGUGGAGACUCAGCUUAAUCAAUUAGAUGUAGAAAUGGAAAAAGCCUGCAGUUUAUCACUCCUUUGGUUGCCUUAAUCAGUAAGUAUCUGAGUGCUUUUGCAUGUGUAGAAGAUAAACAAAUACAUAGAUAAGAAGAAUAGAUUAGUGGUUACUAGAUGAGAAGGGGGUGGGGGGAGGGCUAAAGGUGUACAGGG